UCAAAUUAAAUGGAUCGGAAUCGGAUGAUGAGUUCAAAAAAGUGAAAGGUCUUUUUUUAUAAUAUAAGAUAAUUUAGAAUAAUCCAAGUAGAAAUGAAGAUAUCCCUUGCCGAAUUCUAGUUGUACUUCUGCUUUAGGUCUAAGUUCUUCAUCUGUGAUAAAGUGAAACUAAGUUUUACGCGAAAACUGCCCCAAAAACCAUCUUGAAAAUGGAUCCGGGCAUUCUUUGUUUCCACCAUUGUGAUCAUAAAGUCUUUUGCACUAUUAUACCAGAACAAUGCCCUGUAUGUCAGCAAAAACUAGAUCGAUAUGAUUACAACUUACUGCCAUUCCGAGUGCCAUAUCCAUUCGUGAAAGCGUCCCAGCAUCCACGAGCCAUCGUGAUGAAGCCAACCCAGGGAGACUUCCUCAAUGAUUAUUACAAUUCCAAAGACCUCCAUAUUGGAGUGACAAAUUCCCAAGGGAUUGUGGUGGAGUUCAGUGAGGAUGGCAUCCACGGUGUGAACCCGGAGACUAAAUCAUUUGUCCCUCGGAACAACGGAGACUGGGACCAGUGCAUCAUGCUGGAGGAGUUUGAUGAGCUCUGGAACAUCAUAUGGGAUAGCAUUUUACUUAAAGUGACAAUGAGCCCUCUGUGGGAAGCCAGUCGGUACAAUGAAGACAAGCACAACUGCUUCACAUUUGUGUUGGCAUUCCUACGAGCCCUCGACUGCGGAGAGCUCUCAGAACGAGCCCAGGACCCCAAGCAGUUCUGCAAGCAGUAUGUAGUCCCAAGAACCUCCUCUGCGGGCAAGUAUAUCUCACUCUAUAGACAACUUAAACGCCAAAACUACUUCAUACAAAAUCAGUAGGCCCUAAGGGUGUUUAAAGUUACAUUCUUAUUUGUUCAGUAUUAACUGUGAUUGUCAUGAAGAUGUUUAGGUAUUACUUUGAAAUUGUUAUGUGCAUUUAUUUUAGACCAAAUAAUUUAAUUAUUACAGUUUUCUUACUUAGCCUCCAUGGUUUUAGAUAAGUAGUUAGAGAUAUUAGUUUCAAUAUUUAAAAUGUUUUUAAACUUAUUCAAUAUGUAUUUAAUACUAUUUAUUAUAUUAUUAAUGUAUGAAUGUGUUGAGAUAUUAAAUGUCUUGCCAUAAAAUGUUGCAGUAGGUCGUACAUAUUUUAAAUUACUCAAUUUAUCUUCCCUUACAUUGUAAAUUAUGAGUUAGUGACUGUAUGAAGUGGCUUCACAUAUCCAAUUUGAGUGCAAUAUGUCCUCAAGUAGAUGUGGAAUUGAUACACAAGGAAUUACAAAAAUAGGAAGUAGUCAAUUGAUGUUUUCUAUACAUUUACAUUAAAUAAUAAUAUUAUGAUAUUAAAAUCUUAUAAGAUAUUGAAACAAGACUUCAGUGGAAUGCACUAUCUGAAACUAUCUGUCCAGCAAGAGGCUCUGUGUCCCUCUCAUGUAUCAUUAUUGUCAUUAAUCACCACAUUACAUUCAUAAAAGCAUAAUGAGAUUAAACUUUGCUGUGUUAAUAUAAUAUGUAGGAAUGUGUCUGUUCUAUAUGUAAGAGUAUACUCACUUUUAGAUUUUUCAAUGUUCUGAGAUUUGAUACACAAAAACUCACAAUCUGUACAAAGAAUCUCUUUCCGAAGUAUGACAAAGGUAGUCCAAUAAAAUAACCAUCCUUAAAAUUUUAAUAAGCUUCAACUUGCAUCUUUACGGCACGAGUGUUAAACUUGUAAAUGUAAAUUUAUUUUCAGUACGUAAGUAAUAAAGCCUCCCAGUAUUUGCCUUGGGACACCCAUUUUAUACUAUUAUCUGCAAGUAAUUUCUUAGGCUGAAUUUGUAUUGUAAUUCUGGGAACACACAGACUUCUACCAAGCACAAUAGUCCAUGAAAUUUUUAUAGAUCGAUUAUCUAAUCUGGCCUAAUUUUAUUGUCUGCUUACUACUGUGGUUAAGCUCAAUGUGUGUUAAACUUAAAAUUGAAACAAAUGUAAUUUAUAGCUACAUGUAAAAUGUGUUAAAAUAAUUCUUCAAUAAUAACCAAACGAGAAUGAUCCAUGAAUGAUCUCUUUGUAACUUGACCGGUGCAUGUUACAUAAUUAUUAACUUUAAUUUUACACUCUUUCAUAUCGUAGGUUAAGCAUAAAAUACUUGAAUAGUCUGAUUCUGAUGACAUGUUUCGAUUGUAUUCAAUUAGGAUUUACUCUUGACUGUACUUUUAACUGUGUUUCAGACCAUCGGAAAUAUUAGGUGCUAUAUGUAAUAAAUAAAUUGUUAAAACACU